CCGCCCGCCAGCCGAGACGGUCGUGUGUGCGUGCCGAAUAUUUUUUUUCCGUGGAGUUUCGAUAUUCGCGCUUCUUUCUUGACCGGACUCCUUCGUUUGGUGAAAAGUUUGGAACUCUUUGGAGCGUGGUCGCAAAGAGCCCGACAUGGAGACUGUCAUCCAAUAUUUACUUUUAGCCCUCGCCCUGGCCUCCGCGCAAAUAUCGCUCUCGGAGAGCCGGCUAAAUGAAAAACGGCGGGACAAGACCGAGCGGAGGUACCACCCGCGGGAUUACGUGGAGGAGAAUAUAUGUGAUAUCGGGGACCGGGAGUCCAAGGUGCACUGCUACUGCGACAACGGCGAGGUGGCGGCGGCGGCGCGCGCCGACUGCUGGGUGUUCAGCGGCGGCCUGGCCGAGACCGACCCGCUCUGGGACCUCUUCCACAAGCAGCCCAACAUCCAGCGCCUCACCUUCAACGUGCGCUUCAACGGAGCCCUCAAUUUCGUCCCCCUCCACGUCAUCCGCCGCCUCCACAACCUGCACAAACUGUCCAUCACUUACGCAACCCUCAACAAAAUAGAAAAACGAACAUUCUCAAACCUCACAACGGUAAAAGAGAUUAAGCUUAUGAAGAGUGAAAUAAGCGAGUUAGAUUUCUCAGCAUUCGCCAACCUGCCGUCGCUGGUCAAUCUGACCGUGAAAGAGAACAGGGUCUCGGAGAUUCAGAGAGAUGUUUUCGUUGAUCUACCUAAUUUGAAGUAUCUAGAUUUGACGUUCAACAAUAUCAGUCUGACCCACGACGGCUGCUUCGAGCACUUACCUCUUCUAAGCGACCUUUUACUAGAGUCCAACUCAAUCUCCGUACUAACCCGUGAGACAUUCCGAGGACUAGCCAACCUAACAAAGUUGAACUUGAGAGCCAACCGACUGUCAAUGAUCGGAGAUCUGACGUUUUCCGAGCUGUGGAACCUAAACGAGCUUCUGUUGGACAACAACGAGUUGAAAUACUUGUCGGAGAGGGCGUUCGAUGGUCUGUCGCUUCUGCAGAAGCUUUCGAUGACGGGGAACCGGCUGAAGUCCAUCAAUGAAGGAUUAUUGGAGGGAGUGCGGGGCUUGGAGCUGCUUGAUCUGAGGAACAACGAGCUCGAGCACUUCACGUACGAGACACUGAAGCCCAUCCACGAGAACUUGAAAGUGAAAACGUCGGUUUUGUAUCUGAGCGGCAAUAAACUGUCGUGCGACUGCCGGCUGGGCUGGGUCAGCGUGCUGCGCAACGAGACCCACAGCGAGCCUCUGCGCCUGGCUCUCGAGGCCGUGACCUGCGUGCCGACAGCAGACGACCGCACCGUGCCGGAAAUACCGGACAAGGCCCCCAACGACAACAUACUCGCGGAAAUAGACGACGACAGCGACGUGUUUCAACAAGACGCGAACUACGACGACUCCAAACCCUCAGCCCAGAGUAUGGUGGCUGAUCAGCUGACCGUGGUGGACAUCCCGGCCGACACGCUUCCGUGUCCGCAGCAGCUGAGGAAUGGUGAAGAUUCCCUCAUGCUGUCGUCUAAAGACAAGUCGUAUUGGAGACCAAGCUCCAGUGGAAGAGCGGUGGUGAGCGUAGUUCUAGUGAUGUCCGCGAGCGUGACUGUGCACUUAUUGCAUUGGUAAGCGGGGUGUGGAACAAGGACUUGUGUGGUUUAAGAAUAAGAGUGGUGUGUUUAUAUUGAAAUGUUAUGACGAAAAUAAAUUAGUUUCUUAUUAAGGUUAGGACACUGUAAAUACUGAAAUGUCUUGUCUAAUGAUUCUGGAAACUUCUAUUUGAGUAGGAUCUAUUUUCAAUCUAUUAU